AUGCAUGGAGGCAUGAACGGGACCGGACUGCGACCAAGAUGGAAGGACAAUCCGAGGCUGCCUCAGCUUGUUGGCAAGCCGGCGACGGAUGACCUCCACACACCUUGCUUCGUGCGCCACGCAUACAGGCAUGGCACGGUGACUGUGGGCCCACCCUACAGAGUCACGGAGACCAUGGACAAGACUUCGCCUGCCUGGUGCGCUGCGAAGAUGCUGGAUGCUUCCAUCGAAAAGGCGGACUGGGUCCGGACCUACAGCAAGAUCCUGAAAGAGCGCGAUCCGAAGUUGGGUCCGGAUGUCAACAUCCGGGUGGCUUCCAGGAGCUUUUCUCUUCCCAAG